CGUGCCCCGUGCCCACCGCGACCCGCGGGCCGCCUCCCCCACCUCUCCAGCGCUGCAGCCGGGCCGGGCUGGGCACCCAACCAACCACCUCUACCCGCCAGCGCCAGUCACCGUCGCGAAGGCCUCUCACCUGGAUGUCUCGAGUCGCAGUCGUUGUGCCCGUGCCGUGCCCGUGCCCGCGUGCGGACGCCCUGCGGACGCCCUGCGGACGCCUCCCCCGGCCCGGACAAGGCUCCCCUGGGCCGCUCCGCGCUCCUCCAGCUCCAGCUGCAGCUCGAGCAGUGCAGUGCCAGUGCCUUGAUGAGGAUCAGCUGAUUGACUUGCUUGGUUGGGAGGAACACUUGUUACCCUCACACUCUCCCCAGUGAUGGUGGUCGUGGUUCUGCAUCAGUGUCAAUGGACUCUUCGCUUGGGACUGUUGCGCCUCUCUGGCAGUUGCGAGCAUUGAUGAGUCUUGUCAAGUGAGCAGCGUGAAAUCUCUAUGAACUGUUGUCGUGUGGACUCGUGCUCCUGUCAAGAUGUAAACAACAGAAGAGGAGCUGUAGUGAUAGUGGUAACUCGAGGAACCACCAUUGUUGUCGUGGUUGAGGAGUGCAAGUGACAGUUUACGUUCAAACUGAAAGCAGCCAAAAUGGGGAUUCCAGUUGAUUAUCUUGGCUUUGCAGCCAUGGAUCGACGGCUCUCCUCUCCUAUGAUGCCAUGGAUUUUAGCUGAAAUACGAUUAAGAGGGAUGCGUGAGAAGAUGUCCCUGACUAUAUCGGAUGGUUUCAUCAAAGGCUACAGCAUGGGUGAAAACGACCCAAUGCAUCUAUCCAUGGCAAACAGCGAGCCAAUGUUCAAGCAUUCCCUGAAUGAAAUCAAGAAAUACUCUCAAAUGUUUGGCAGCCACUGCACCUUCCUGUACUUCAUGAGAGAUCCGAUGGAACCCAAUCUGCUGUUUUGCUACCUCUACGAGACUGAGGAACCUCAAGAUGUGAUGGAGCUGUUCACCCAGAUGCGGGACCAGAUCAACAGCCCGUCCGCCUCGUCGGGCUCGGCCCGGGAGCUGUCGGGCUCGCCGGCGCACCCGGGCCGCUCGCUCAGCAGCGCCGCCAACCUCACGUCGCUGUGCGCCGACAUCUCCCCCAGCAGCUCGCACUUCUUUGAGGUGUUGUACAUCGGCAAGAUCAAGGUGUCCCACCGCAAGGUCCCCGAGUCGUUCAUCGACGACGCCCUGGAGAAGUUCCGCCUCCACGACCUGGAGAAGGAGAAGGAGAAGGGCCGGCUGGUGGAGAACGCCGGCAAGGCCAUCCUCAUGCGCAACAACUCGAGCUCCAGGAUCCUGGCGCCGGGCGCCAUCGCGGCCGCGCCCGCCGCCGCGGCCCUGGGCGGGGAGCGGCGCGGCUCGCAGGACUCGACGUACGGCGGCAGCGACCUGGGCUCGGCCGAGAACAUCAGCCACAACCCCGGGCUGGCGCCCGCGCUCGUGCCCGCGCCCGCCGCCGUGCCCGUCAUCGCGCUCUCCGGCUCCGUGGAGACGCUCGCGCCCGAGCCCGGCGCCGCCACCCCCGCCCUCGGCGAGGACAGCGUGGACCCUGCCGAGCAGCCGCCCGCCGCGCCCACCUCGAGCGCGGCGGAUGACGGUUGGGGCAAACAGAACUCUCUGCCGCUGGAGUCCAUGCGUGCGCGCGCCGGGUCUGCUGGCAGCGCCCUCAUGAAGAAGCCGGAGGUCGGCGGGUCGACAUCAAAUGUUGAACACAACCGCACAAUGCUUUUCCUCGUCGGAAGAAGUGACCUUCGACUCAUCAGCCCAGACCGCAAGCAAAUUCUACUGCACAAAAACCUGAGGGACAUUGCAAGUUGUAUUCAGGGUGUCAAAAACUCAGAGCAUUUUGGUUUCAUUUGCCGUGAGCAAAAUGCUGAAAAUUUCAUUGGCUACGUCUUCAAAUGUCAGUCAGAAUCAUUUGCUGAUGAUGUUGUGGGUGCCAUAACCCAGGCUUUCCAAGCUACGUCUGAGGCUUACAAAAAGGAGAAACAACCUGUUCUCUCCUGUGAGCACUGCCCAAUGGUUUGGUUUCAUAAACUAUGCACUGAAUUGGAAGGUGUCAGUGACAGACGAUCCCAACAAAUGAUUUUUAGACGCUUGGAACAACUCCCUGAAGAAGAGCAGAGCACUCUUUUGACCAAAUUCCAAGGCUCAGAGAACUCUAGUCAUACAAAGGGACAGAGGGAGCAGAACGAGUUCUUAAUGAUGCUCAUAAGAGCACAUUGUGAGAGCAAACAGGCCAGACAUGUGCAUGACACUGCUGAAAACAGGAGCGAGUUUCUGAAUCAGUAUUUAGGUGGAAGCACAAUAUUUAUGAAAGCCAAGCGAUCAUUGACAAGUUCGUUUGACCAUCUGUUAAAGAGACGUGGUUCUAGAGAUGAUUUCAAUCCAAUGGCAAAGGAGCAAAGUCUUCCUAUAAAUGCAACACUUUGUAAGGAAAACAGUCUAGGGAAAGGCUCACCUUUAGCAAAUGGACUUCCCACCUUAGAGCUACCCCCAGAUCAUGAUGAGGACUCAAAUGAUCCUCAUAGACCACGGUCAUCCACUCUUGGUUCACUAUCAGCAGAAGCUAUUAAGAAAGAGCUUGGUCCUGGCGGAAGUUUGUCAGGUGGUUCAUCACAGCCGCAGCUAACUGCUGUACCAGGGAGCCCAGGGUCACCCCAACCAAAAGGCGGUCAAAUGAUGAACAUAUUUCUGAAAGUUGGGAACACCCCAAAGUCACCCACUAUAUCAGCAGACACACCAGAGGAUGUAAGAAGACAUUCGGGCUCCUGGCGUCAAGCUAUUUUCAAGACAGUUGUGACACCAAGCAAAUCUCUCCCAGGGGAUGGUGUUGAAGCCAAAGAUAUUCCUGCCAAGAAAAGCAAGGAGGAGCUGCGUUCUUUGUGGAAAAAGGCAAUUAAUCAGCAAGUCCUGCUUAUUCGAAUGGAGAAAGAAAAUGCAAGAAUAAGAGCUCAUCAAGAAGAAGCAACUGUAAAACGUAUUAAACUAGAAUAUGAUGAAAUUGGUUCAUGCAUGAGAGAGGUGAUGGAGGUGUGGGAUUUAUUGAUAAGCAAAGAGAGUCGUGUAAGUGCAAGAUGUGAUAAUCAAAUGCUAUUGCAAGCAAUUCGCCAAGGUGUACCAAGGAGCAAAAGAGGAGAUGUGUGGCAUUUUCUAGCAGAGCAGUAUUGUUUAAAGAUACCUCCAAUUGAUACUACCAAUUUCCCCAAUUACAAUGUCCCUUAUGAAGAUCUCCUCAAACAGCUCACGUCUCAUCAACAUGCUAUCCUUAUUGAUCUUGGUCGCACUUUCCCAAACCAUACGUACUUUUCCUCACCCUUAGGACCAGGUCAACUGGCUUUGUUUAAUUUGUUGAAGGCAUACUCUCUACUUGAUCCGGAAGUAGGUUACUGUCAAGGUCUCAGUUUUGUAGCAGGAAUCCUACUGUUACAUAUGUCUGAAGACAUAGCCUUUUUCCUUCUACGCCACCUUAUGUUCAGGAGAGGUUUACGGCGACAGUACCUUCCAGACAUGGCUGCCUUGCAAGUCCAAUUGUACCAGUUGUCUCGUCUCCUUCACGAUCAACAACCAGCGUUAUAUGCUCAUCUGGAUAAACAUGAAGUUGCUCCUACAUUGUAUGCUGCCCCUUGGAUGCUUACUCUUUUUGCCUCUCAAUUCCCUCUUGGAUUUGUAACCAGAGUUUUUGAUUUGAUAUUUGUUGAGAGUCCAGAUGUAAUAUUUAAGGUUGCCAUUGCACUUUUGUCCGAGCACAAAGAUGGAAUUUUGAACUGUGAUUCUUUUGAAGAAAUCAUGGACUAUUUGAAAAUUAAAAUUCCUAAUAUUGACAAAAUUCAACUAGAUAGGAUUAUGAAGAAGGUAUUCAAUAUGGAUGUCACCAAACAAUUACAUGAAUACGAAGUGGAAUACCAUGUGCUUCAAGAGGAAAUGUCUUCUCCCCGACCUGAGGCUGAGAAACUAAGGCAAUUAACACAAGAAAAUAAUCAAUUAAAGGAUCAGUUAGAGAUUUCUUCAAGUAAUAUGCAUCGUUUAGAAACUUCACGGACUCUGCAACAAGCACAAUUGAACAGACUUGAAUCCCAGGUUCGAAGUCUAGAAGUAAGCAUCACUACUCUCGGUGGAUUCAUAUCAACUCUUAUUGAAAAUCAUAAGGAUAUUGAAAUUCCUGGUGAUGUUAGAAGGCUUGUAGCACAACUCAGUGCUCCAGGGCCAGAUCGUUGUAAAAAUAGUGGAAAUUUGGGGUUGGGUAACAUCUUAAAGCCACGGCAUGAUCCUCCUAACUCUAUGAGACCUGAGUUUAAGCCAGAGUCCAAACUAACUUUGAACAUCAACAGAAGCGAAGCAAUGGCAAGAACAAAGUCAGACCCUCCUCGUAUGGUGCCAACACCACGCAGUUUCCGCCUUAAUGUGAUUGAAGAUGAUGAUAGAUAUGAAUCAAAUCUUAGACCAACCAUGAGUCUUCAAAAUGGAUCUACCAUAAAUAGUAUGAACUCUAAAAUUAACAAUUCAGGGAAACCAUAUCCUCUUAAAACUGCUUUGAGUUCUCCAAACCUGUCGUCUAAAAUGUCGUCAUUUUUCCAAGCUGGUCGACAGCAGCAAUCUGAACAGAGACUGAAUUCUCUGAACAAAGGUCAAAAUGAACUUGAUAAACUACUUGAAGGCCAUGUUUCAUCUAAUAACUCUUCUCGAGAUUCAAGGGGAGUUAGCCCGGGCAAGAAUCUGAAUAGUGGUGGUCCAUUUGUUGACAUUCCUCUAAGUGAUGGUAGUAAUGAAAAGUUAUCAGUGAAUGAUCAUGGAGCAUCAAAAGAAAAUCAACAACCACUGAGAAGAGUAGACAUUAUGAAGCAGCUACAAGCAAUUCAGAAACAUGAAUCACUUACAGGCUCUCCAAGUCAGGGCUUACAAUCCUUGUCUCUUGGUGCUGAAGUGGGCAAAGUAAACUCACAACAACCCACUGAAGUUACAUUACUAGAUUCUGGAAGUGACUCAACAGACUCUUUGCAACAAGCCCCAACACUACAUCCCUUAGACACAUGUUCAGAUGUAAGCUUUUCUUAUGGAGGCACAACAAAAUUAAAAACUAUAAGGCCUUUGAGAGCACAACUUGGCAGAAACGCCACUAUUGGAACAUUUGCACCAUCAUCUCUUCCACAGACGAGCAGCCCCCCACCUCCAUCACCUGAAAUAGAUGCCACACCACCUGUAACCAGUGAAUCACUCAAAGGGCUUGUUCCUCCAAAAAAAGAAGUGAUGUCAAGUUAAUAAGUAUUAUAUCUAUCUAUCUCUCUGAACAUUACUGAUGUUGGGCAAUGUGUUAUUAUGCCCUCUAAUCAUGUCAUUGUUAUAUUGUUAAUCAGAUUUGUGGAGUAUUUUUGUAAAAAGGAAAAAUAGGUAUUGAGAAGAGAUAAAAUACAUAUUUUGUCUAACCACAACAGAAUGUGAUAUUGCAGUGAGCGUUAGUGAGCAUUGUGCUUUUAGAAUAGAUGCUGUACUGUAAAGGAUAAAAUUGUUUUGUUAAGUCAAAUAUUUAGUCAUAUUUUCUUAAUUUGUAUGCGAUUAUGAAGUUGUUUUUAGUAAUUUGGUGUGUUCUGUUGUCAGACGCUUUCUAAGCUUAGACCAUGACUAUUGUUUAUCUAAUUUUUAAGCUCUUCUUUUGAGUGUGUUUAGUGCACUCUAUUUAAAAUUUGAAUGUAAAAAUAAUUUUUUAUUACUUGCUAUCUGCUGCAAGUAAAUUUAUCAAUUUCAUUCAUCAAUAAUUGUGAUAAUGUACUGUGUAUACUCAGUGGAAUUUUUCAAGGAUAUUAUAUUACAAGGAAAAGACAAGGGUUGUGCCAGAAUAAAUGGAGGAGAUUUGCUGGACAAACCUUCAUUUGAGCUAUUGAUUUCUCUGUGAUAUGGAGGAGACCCCUGUCUGAUCAAGUUAUUGUAAAUACAUCUCAUCGCCAUCAUUAUCAUGAUCAUUAUUUAAAAUAAAAACAGAAAAAAACACAUUUUAUGUUGUAUGUUUGUUACCGAUGUGAUGUUAAACUUGUUUUUAUGUCAUUAAAAUAUUUUAAAACUA